AUGAAACCGCGAAAACAACCAGAGAACGGGAUAGUUUAUAUAAAAACAGUGCGUUGCGAGUACCAAGCCUGGGGAAGCAAAAAUAUUUGUCAAACUAUUCAACUCAGAGCCCAAGAAGUAAGAGCGAGGGAAGACGAUGGUUCGAAAACGAGUCGAAGAAGUCUAGUCAGAGUAGUGAGAGAAGUAAACAAAGUCAAAAGCUGGCGAUGUCUCGGGUUGAAGUUAAAACAGCUUGAAGAAAAGGAAGAGCUCCUUGAAAGACAACAGAAACUAGAAGCUGAAAUAUACGAACGAAAAUUAAAAACAGAAAUGGCAAAAUUGGAAUUAAAAGGUGAAAUUAUCGACGCACGAGCAGAAGUUGAAAAGUGUGCAAUUGAAUCACAAUACUCCGUUGAUGAUGGUGAUUUUGGACGUGACGCAGAUGAGCGACUUCCAGAUCAAGAAAGACAGACUUUACAACAGACCAUGGAGAAGUUUUUGGGAUCCAGUUGGACAGAGAAGCAGGUGGAAGAAUUCCCAACACCGAGUCGAUCAAAUCCUCCGCCGAUAACUUCAGCGAGGAAUGACGGAGGUAUUCAUCCUGAAAUUCAGCGUUUACUCGAAAGACAGAGUCAAGUUAUCGAAGGUCAGAAUACUACGGUAGAAAAGCUGACAUCUAGUCUUGACCUGCCGAAGCGUGAAUUUUUGUGCUUUGAUGGCAACCCAACAACGUAUUUGCGAUUUAUGAAAACUUUGAAGUGAAUGUAGAAAGUCGGGUACCUGACGAAACAGUUAGACUUUCCUAUCUUAUUCAAUAUACCAGCGGGGCAGCUAGACAAGCUAUUGAGAACUGCGUGAUCUACCCGGCAGACGUUGGCUACGAGAAAGCCAAAGAAAUUUUACGUAAGACCUUUGGUCAAAAACAUAACAUCGUACGAGCGUUUGUUGAAAAAGUUGUAAAAGGACCGCAGAUUAAAUCCGGUGAAACCGAAAAGAUGAUGCAAUUAGCCCGUGAUAUGCGCAACUGUUUGAUGAAUUCAAUGCAAAUGAACUACAAGGCGGACAUUAAUUCGUUGGAUAUGUUGACGAAGGUGGUGAAGAGACUUCCAUCAUAUUUGCAGGCGAAGUGGGCAGAUGUCUCGGGUAAAUUAAUCCAAGAAGAAAAACAGCCCGAAUUUGAACAUUUAGUUGACUUUGUGGAAAAGUAUGCUGCGAUAGCCAAUACCACAUUUGGUAAACUGGUCGGAUCGAAGCCAGAAGGAGAUAUCAAACCAAAACCCAAAGUAAGGGAACCUGUUCUUGAUCCCGGCAGAAUAUCAACAUUUGGAACACAGCAUGCUGAAACACAGACUGGUGGUGAUAGUGGUGAUAGUUUGAAUGAUCAUAAAUCGCAGCAAAGAAGUAGGCAGUGUUUACUGUGUGGAGCAUCGAAUCACGACUUGGAAAAAUGCUACAAGUUUAGGCAGAAGUCUUACCAAGAACGAUUAGAAUUUACUCGGACAGAAAAAUUGUGUCACAAUUGUUUAAGAAAGAAUGAUUUUGCAAGAAUCAUUUUGCAAUCAUUUUGCAAGAGAUUGGGUCCGGCAUGUAUGCUGAGUGGCUGUAAUGUUCGACACCAUUCCCUUCUUCAUUUACCAGUUAAUCCACCAGAGAGUUCACCCAGCUCUGAAAAAGAGCAGGAAGAAUCCCCUCAUCGUAGUAACGAGGCCGGAAAUUCUGGACAUUGUGGAGCGGCAGCGAAGAAGAAACCAAGGGUAUGUUUAAGAAUACUUCCAGUCAGAAGAAUCACCAACAACGACGGCACUCGUCAAGUGGAUACGUAUGCCUUUAUUGAUAACGGAUCAGAUACGACACUUUGCAGAAAAGCUUCACCUGAAACAUAAACCAACUGAAUUUUCCCUAACAACGGUCAAUGCUCAGGACAAGAAGAGAUGUGGUCUAGAAGUUGAGCUGAAGGUGCAAGCUUUGAAAGGCGAAGGCGAACUACAAUUAGAUCGUGUAUGGAGUGUUGAUCGUCUACCUAUUUCAGAAAGAAGUAUCCCUGAGGUGGACGAUAUUGGCCAUUGGUCUCAUUUGAAUGGUAUCGACUUCCCCGAGCUCGAUGACAAAGAAGUCAGUAUCUUGAUUGGAAGUGACGUUCCGGAAGUUCAUUGGACAUUGGAGGAAAGACGGGGAGGACCUAAAGAAACCAUUGGGAGUCCGUACCAUACUUGGCUGGACGCUGUUUGGUCCUGUAGGAAGUGGAACUAG